ACAAUCACAAAAACAAAUAGCCAUGAACAUCUCCAAAAUCUCACUCCAAAUGCCAUUCACUAGUCCUAGUAUUACCACUGCCAGCAGCAUCCUCACUCUCCAUGGAAGAAAUACCUGUCUUUCUUCUAUUCCCCCUCAUCGUCAUCGUCAUCAUCAUCGUCAUCGUCUUCGCUUUAGCUACCGUCUUCCUUUAGCUAUGACUAGUAUGAGAACCCAUAAUGAUGGUAAAUUUCAUCAAGUCAUUUGUAAUGCAUUUUUUCAGGCGAAUGAAAUCAGUGGAAAAUUCAACGAAGAGUUCAAAUACGAAGAAAUGAUGAUUAUAAGAGCUGCUUUAGCUUCCUAUAUUAUCAGUGAUGCUUCAAGCAAAUUACUAGAGCAAAUGGUCGAAAAUGGAAUAAAUGGAAAACGAGACAAAUCUUUGCAGGAGUCACAUGCUGAACUUGAUUGUUUGAUUCAGAUGGCGGAAAUAAUCAGAAUAAUACAGGAAUAUUCAUCUACCGAUCAUUUGGCGAAAAUCAUAGAAGCCUCAGGAGAUUACGCAUCUGGAUUAAAAGAAGUUGACAAACUUAUUGAGGAGGAAGAAUACGAAAAAGCUGAAAAGAAAUGCGAUAUGCUAGAAGAGCUCCCACAUUCCUUUGUGGACAGUAGUAUUACACUUCGAAAGUUUAUUGCAUUGCUCGGACUAGGGAAGACACAUUUGGCGCAAUACAUCGAGGAAACCAAAAGCUUGCAGCAUUUGGGAAGGCAACACAAGCUAAUGGACCACUUAAUUCAUAAGUUGAUUCGGGGUGUUUUCUAUGAGUUUAAGGGGGAGGAUUCGAGAAAUAUCAAAAAUGACGGCAAAGGUUCAUUUUUAAAGUUUAUCCGCAAGAUGAUGAGAGCUAAGGAAAAAUUUAAAGAAUACGAAGACAAGGAGGAAGAUAGAAGAAAUCCACCCCAAUCUGGUGAUGAAAACAGAGAUGAGGAUGAGAAAACCUCUGAUGAACAGAAUGGCAAAGAGGAAAACCAUGGCAAUUGAUGUCAUUAUCUUAAUUUGA